AAGAAAGAAAGUAGGGUGACUUGAGAGAUGACAUCAUUCCUCAUUUGAAUAAAUCCCAGCCGGGGUAGUGAUUGGUCGUGAGAUGGAGAAAGUCGAGUUACUUGGCUAUUCAUCCCUUUCAAUUUCACCCCCGCGCGCAAUGCCGUGGUAAAACCCUCUCCGCCUGUCCAUCCGUCCCGGCCAGUAGAGAGUGUGUGCGUGGACUGCAAAUCGUUUUUCUUUCUUUGGAAGGGACGUGCAUCACUUCUGGAAACGGCAGUCGACAGAAGUUUAUUGGUAAUCUGGCUGCUAUACUUUGGCCUGUUUCUCAUCUUGUUMGGUUUCAUUUUCUAAUUUGUUACACUUUGUAUUCUGAAAGGAUUCGGAGGAUAUUGUCAAACACUGGGCAUAGCUGGAUAUCAAGCUAUAGCUAGCUACACUGCGUUGAUCAGACUCCACCAUCGCCUGAGUGCAGUCACCAUCUUCAGUCUCAAGCUCUCCAGCCCUCCUCUGYAGAGACRGACAGCCAGGACUGAGGGGAGAUGAAACCGGAUGGGGUUGCCACGGCAGCGAUGGAGCCAAUGGAAGCACUGGACGCCGAUCCGGUAAACGAGCCAGUUGCGAUGGGAGAGGAGCCUAACCAGGCUGCGCCUGCACCUCAGACGGAGGGAGUUGGCCAGCAGGGAGAGAUGGGGCAGGGAGAGCCUCAUCCAGAGCCAGCCCAGGUGGCCCCCACCAAGACGGGGAACAGCAAGGCUGCAGCAGACCCGAAAGCCAAGACCAAGGCCCCCGCUGCUAAGGCGAAGCCUGGGACCACCGCCACAAUUAAGACCACGACCGGACCAGGGUCUCGACCCAACACUGCCCAGAGUCGACUGACCAACGGGGUUUCCAAGCCACAUGCCAACGGAGUGUCCAAGAAGACGACCACUGGAGCCCCAGAGAAGAGCACGCCCAAGAGUCCCGUAGGCACAGCCGUUGCCACUACCACUAAGACCAGCGCCAAGGUUGGUGAGAAGAAGCCAGCGGGCACCACCCGCCCUACGUCGGCUCCUGCUGCCACCAACGGGGUGAAGGCGACCACAGGAACAGCAGCAAAGAAGACACCUGCGGCGCCAACUAAUGGUGUCAAAGCCACCACCACCGCUGCUAAGAAGCCCACAGCUCCCCGGCCUGUCUCUGCAGCUACCACCAAGCCCAGCACUGCCGCUGCUCCCAAGCCUGAUAGGCCUCCUGUUUCCAAGACAACCAGGCCUGCCACUGGUGCUCCAGGAUCUCGCCCUGCCUCUGCUGCAGCCAGGCCAGCCACAGCCAGCACAGCCAAGAGCUCCACAUCCACAGCCAAGCCUGGCACCCCCACGGCUAAAACCACCUCCACCACCCCCAGACCAGCUUCUGCCAAAGCCAGCUCUACAACACCCUCUGCUGGACGGACCCCGACAUCACAGCCCUCAAAAACCGCAACUCCCAUCAAGAAAGAUGUUACCAAAUCAGCCACCAAGAAGCCUGCAGCGGCUCCUCUCACUCGCACCUCACCAGCCAAGACCACCAAACCUGAGACUCCCAAAUCAGCCUCCGCAUCCAAGCCAGACUCCACCCCCAAGAAGCCGGCUGCCAGCAGCAAGGCCGCAGACACCAAGAAGACGCCAAGCAGGCCCACGCCUUCAAAGGAUGUCAGUGCUGGCCCCAAGACCCCUAGUACCAAGCCAGCAGGGAAGGCUUCCACCCCUAAGAAGACUGUGGGCAGCAACACGCCCAUGGCAGUGAAGCGUGGCCCCAAGCCCAUGACGGCGGCAGAGCCCGCGACUAAAGCGGGUGAGACCAAGGUUGCUGCCAUAGCUGCAGCUGCUGUGGUCUCUGUGGCAACCUCGGAAGAAGCAGUGGUGGCUGCAGUCCCAGAGGAGAAGGAGACUGUGCCCCCUCAGGCCAGCCAGCCAGAGGAGGCCCCAAUCGCUCAGCUGGAACUGGUCCCCCUGGAAGAGCCAGCAGACACAGUGUCUCCCCUGGGCACCACGGUCAUGUCCCCUCCAUGCUCCCCCACUGGGCCCAUGUCCCCGGUCAGGGAGCCCCAGAAUGCCUCUGCUCUGCUGGACAUGCACGUCCAGCCAGAACCCAGGUCCCAGAACCAGUCUGCCAUGGCUCCACAGAGUCCAGUCCAGGAGGAGGUGAUAUUGCAGCCAGACCCCAGGUCCCAGAAUCAGUCUGCCAUGGCUCCACAGAGCCCAGUCCAGGAGGAGGUGAUAUUCCAGCCAGACACCUGGGCCCAGAACCAGUCUGCCAUGGCGCCACAGAGCCCAGUCCAGGAGGAGGUGAUAUUCCAGCCAGACCCCUGGGCCCAGAACCAGUCUGCCAUGGCUCCACAGAGUCCAGUCCAGGAAGAGGUGAAGAUCCAGCCAGAUGAGCAGCAGGAGGACCUCCUCAUGCCUGCCUCUUCAGCCCCUCCUGCAUUCAGCAUGUCUCAGCCCAUGGAUGAGUUGACCUCAGAGGUCCUGGUCUCUCCCUCUCAGGAACAGGAAGAGGCAGUGGAGAAGGCAGAUGAGGAGAUCAACGAAGAUGACGAUGAGGAGGAAGAGGAGAGGACAGUGGGCAAGCCGACAUUACUGUUUGACAUGAGUAGCUCUCAACCCUCAGAAGAGACCAAGCCUGURGGCUUCGGUGGUGCCACCGGUUGGCAUGGGGAUGACGUCUUGUCAGGGAUGGACUCUGAGGAUGUGAGCAGUAUGAGCAGCCGCCUGCAGGGGCCGUCAGAGAUGAGCAGCACCCAGCAUACGGGCCUGCUGCAAGGUACCCAGAGCUCCGACGCCCUGGUAGACUCCAGCCUCAAGGGCUCCGAGGGAGAAGGCUCCCCCGAUGUGGAGACCCUGCUCAACGAGGAGGAUGAUGAGGAGUAUAGGAAGGUGGGCAAGCCGACAUCACUGUUUGACAUGGGUAGCUCUCAGCCCUCAGAGGAGGCCAAGCCUGCAGGCUUCAGUGGUUCCACCGGUUGGCAUGGGGAUGACCUUUUGUCAGGGAUGGACUCUGAGGAUGUGAGCAGCCGCCUGCAGGGGUCGUCAGAGAUUAGCAGCACCCAGCAUACGGGCCUGCUGCAGGGUACCCAGAGCUCCGACGCCCUGGUAGAUUCCAGCCUCAAGGGCUCCGAGGGAGAAGGGGCCUUCAUGGGCUCCCCCAAUGUGGAGACCCUGUCCGACGAUGAGGAGGAAGAUGAAGAGGAAUAUGAGGAUAGGAAAGUGUGCAAGCCGACAUCACUGUUUGACAUGAGUAGCUCUCAGUUCUCUGUGGAGGACAAGCCUGCAGGCUUUAGUGGUUCCACCGGUUGGCAUGGGGAUGACCUUUUGUCAGGGAUGGACUCUGAGGAUGUGAGCAGCCGCCUGCAGGGGUCGUCAGAGAUUAGCAGCACCCAGCAUACGGGCCUGCUGCAGGGUACCCAGAGCUCCGACGCCCUGGUAGAUUCCAGCCUCAAGGGCUCCGAGGGAGAAGGGGCCUUCAUGGGCUCCCCCAAUGUGGAGACCCUGCUCAACGAGGAGGAGCGAGUUGAUGUUAAUAUGGAUGUGAGCUCAGAGCGGGCAGUGGACCACCGGAUGGUGUGUCAGCAAGAGGAUGAGGAGGAUGAUGAUGAUGUGGAGAUGCCCAGCGAAGGGGUGACGGAGAGUGGACUGGAGAGCUGUGGGAAUGCAGAUGAGGAUGACUACACAGAGGAGAACCGCUUGGAUAACCUCAACCGUUCACCCAUCCCACCUUCCUCAGCCUGGGGUCAGACAAACCCCUUCACUGACCCCUGGGCCCAGCCCCACCUCUCCUCCCCCCACACCGCCUCCAGCCCCCUGUCUGACCACGGGGCUGMCGRCCCUGAGACGCCCACCCAGUCCUCUGCSCAGGCCUGGUUGGAUCUCAGYGCCCCCUCUCUGAYGCUCCAKUCAGAGCAGCCCUCAGAGCCCCAGUCUGCCCCUGAGGAGAUGGAGAACUCCUCCCCAGCCCCCCCAGGGCCCCCUGCUGUGGGCAUGUCUCAGUCCAGCACCCUGAGUGGCACGGCCCUGGCCAUCCAUAGCAGCAGUGAAACCAGCACUCCCGAGGAGCUCCGUGACUAUGACAGCAGCUCCGGGGUGGAGUCACGCUCUGACAAGCAGCAGACCCCUGUGCCAUCCAAUGUGCAGCCUGACCUGGAGCAGGACUUGGGCAUCCAUCUGGAGCGAGGUGACGAGGAGGAGGAGGCUGAGACGCUCCCUGCUGACGAGGUCCUGGGAGCAGGCCCUCCUACUGCCCCCGCCUCUGCCCCCUCCUCCCCCUCCACCUCGGGAGACGAGGCCAGCGACACGGAGGGUGAGAUUCAGAUCAAUGACCCAGAUGUCCCCGUCACCAUGGAUGACAGUGCUGAGUUCGACAGCCCACCGUCCGCCCGUAUCCUGCCUGCCCUGGAAGAGGAUGAGGAGGUGGUGGAGGCGCCGGCCGGAGAAGGAGAAGAGGACGGGGGUGGCGGCACACCCCAGUCUGCCAACUCAGUGGCGUCUUACGGCUUCGACUGCACCAUGUCCAACUCCAACGCCCACUCCACUGCCGAGAGCUGCGGUAAGAGCCCCGGCAUCUUCUCCCUGGAGAACGAGGACCAGUUGCCCGAGGAGGCCAAGGACCCCUCCCUCAUCAAGGAGCUGACCCUGCCWGCAGCRGCCGCCCAGYCAGAGGAGCUGCUGGGAGGCCCUGUAGACCUGCUGCCCCUGGGCCAGCCUGGGGACCAGCACCACUACAUGCUGGGGGGGAAGAUGGAUGCUGACGACCUGGAGGAGGCCAACACCCUGGAGGACUCCCUCCGCCUGGGGCCCCAGCAUGCCGGGCAGGCCAGCGAGGGCCAGCCACCCUACUACUCUGCUAUAUGCGAUAAGACUGAUAGCUUUCUGGCAGGUAACGUAUAAGUCCCUACCCCUGGAAUGCACCUUCUCCCUCGCACCCCUCCCCCCUUGUUGUUCUUAGUUUUUCUCUCGAGGUCGGUUAGAUGGUUUAGAAAAACAAGCAAAUGAUGGUAGGAAACAAAAUAAAGCAAGGGGAACGAAAAAGACUGUAGAUCAGUGAAGCCUCCCUCUUUCAUACUACUAUUAUGGUUAUGACUGUAUGGCACUACUUUAUGUACACUAGCUACCAUUUUCUAUUAGAAUGUUCUUUUUAAGUAACACUGCGUACUCCAUAACCCCUGAGGGGGCAUUGACUGACUGGUCCGUUGGGACAAAGCUCUUAAAAGAGAAGGAGUAAAAUGAGAAUGGACUCUACCUUCAUGUGUAUUUAUCCUACUGUUUUUACCAAACAAAUGUCAAUUUUUUUUUUCUACUUUUGUUGGAACCCGGUCCUGCCUCCCCUAUGUUACACAUGCCAUUUUAUCCUGCACCAUAGAGAUACUCCUACUCUCUCUUUUUACAAGUUUGUCUUCUUGUUUUCAACACUAUUUUAGUAUUGAGUAAAGACUAGAUAUUUAACAUGGCUUUCCUCCCCUUACAGUUUUGUUGAGGUCGGUAUGAGAGUGUUCAAUUUGAAGUUUGUCUAGUUUUAAUUUGCGCUACAGGAAGUUUGCCUCUCCCUGCAUAGAUUAUUAUGGCAGGUAAAGUUGUCAUGUACGGUGUGUUUUUUGAGGCAUCUGUUUUAAGUGGUCAUGCUUCAUGCCUCUCUUAGUUGAUCAUUUGUGCUUCAGAACCAACUAACAACUAUUUGUGGGGAAAAACGUGCAUUCCUCUGCAAUUUAGAAUGACUCUCACUGAAAAUGCUUUUCUCACUGAAACACUUUUAGUGGUAUUGGAUAUUUCAACUUGCAUGUACUAACAUUGAAAUUGUAUCUGAUUAAACCAUUAUACAGUAGGGAUGUUCAUAAAUGAAUGGUUCACACUAAGUAGGUUUUUCAAAAUUCCAUUAAACAUCAUUGCAAGGCA